AUCUUAAUUAUAUUCUAAUCACUCGAUCGCAUUCAUUGCCACCAGCACAGUUAAGCAAAGCACCUGCGGCGGCGCUCGAUAUGAUGACCACCGCAACUCCUCCACAAUCUCCCGGCUUCGAAAAGGAGGAGCAAGAGCAAGUCCGGCCACUGGCCCCGGCCACCUCCGCACACAGCCACCGCAUGGAAGACGCAGAAAUCGGAGGGCCGGCGGCGAAGGAUCGGCGGUUACGGAAGUGUGUCAUGUGUGGCGGCUGUUGCUGCGCGACAACCUUAAUUAUAAUUCUCGUGGUCAUAAUAUUAGCUUUGACUGUUUUCCGGGUCAAAGAUCCCACGAUCAGGAUGGACUCCGUGAGAAUUGACGGCCUAAGUUCUCUUACGACUACCCAGAACAUCCUUAACCCUAACGUCAACUUGACGCUCUUUACCGGAAUCUCCGUCAAGAACCCGAACAGGGCGUCGUUCAGAUUCGACGAAGCGACGACGAGCUUGGUUUACGACGGGAGAGUGGUGGGGGAAGCUAAGAGUCCGCCGGGGAACGCUAGGGCGAGGCGGACGUUGACCAUGAACGUGACGGUCAACGUUAUGGUCCAAAAUUUGGUCAGCGCGUCACGUUUGCCGCGGGAUUUGCUGGCGGGAAAGAUGCCGGUUGCUUUGUCUACUACAAUUCAUGGGAAAGCAAAGGUUGUGAUCAUAAAGAAGAGCGUCACUGUGAGAAUGAACUGUACGAUGUCGUUUGACUUGUCGAGCCAAAAUAUUGAGAAUCUUGAUUGUAGCAAAAAGGUGUCACUUUAGAGCGGAUCCGAAACAUAAAAAAAUGUUACAAAAGCUAUAGAGUUACUCAAAGUUAUAAUGUACACCAAUAAUAUAUAGAUAACGUAGUAUUAAGUCAUAUAAGUUCCCUGGAUCCUAUAAUCUCUCACGAGCCUAGCUACAUAUAUCUUGUGAGCUAGAGAUAGCGGGAGGGCUUCCUUGAGUGAGCUGUGACCUUAUAAACUGGCUAUGACAUGAAAUUUUGUCAAUUGCAUGCUUUCAAUUUUACAAUGAAUUCUUAGAUUUACUAUUAUUGCU